GUGUGUGUGUGUGUGUGUGUGUGUGUGUGUGUGUGUGUGUGUGUGUGUGUGUGUGUGUGUGUGUGUCAAAACGAGACGGGGCGAUACGCCAGCAUCGUCUGACGUGGUGUGGGUACCCGGAUGAAGAGGUUCAGGGUUUCAGCACCCCGGACAGCUCAUUUAAAUGAUUGUGGUGCGUUAAUUCUCAGCCGGGAAAUAUAUGCUUUACUUUAAAUGGGAAAAAAUUAAACACUUUGACGGGCUAAAACUGUCAAAGUUAAAAUGGAAUUGAACAGAUUUGGGCGUGUAGCAUGAAAAUAGAAAUUACACAACAACAGAUACUAAUUUUUGUUUGUCACACAAUGCAAGGAGCAGGAUGUGUAGAGCUACGAGCGAGCACUUUGUUGUUUGUUGGUGGGCCAACAUAUGAAAAGGUCUCUGUACCGGCUUCCCUCACAUUGUUAUUUCAACAUAUAUUUUAUACUGUUCAUUACAUGUGUCUAAAUAUCUUGUCCAGGUAAAACAAUUAGAAUGUGUUUUUGUUUGUUACUGGCAUAACAACUUUGUGUUAUAGACACAUUUAAAAGAAGCUCAGCUCAUCGUUGGGCUGGGAUGCACUUUCUGAUUAAAGCUGUCAUCUAGUGGACUGUAAAUGAUUAAUUAGGAAGUAAUCCUCUAUCGUUUUCAGUGGCAAAAAUCUAAUUUAUUUGAUUCAUUAGUUGUACUUAUUACGGUUAUCUGUAUUGGCUGUGUACUUAAAGUGGACAAGACAGGAUGAACUCACCUCCAAGUCCAACACUGGCAAGUUAGUUUUUCAGGGAGCCAAUCAGAGCAGACCGGUGGUCUUAAAGAGACAGUCGCAACACCAGCGCGCCUGAGAAACACGUUACAGCAGAAAAACAAAAUACAACUAUGAAGCCGCAGAAAGAAGAAACAAAACUGAAGUGAUAGUUAUUCUAAAUGUUAAAGAGUGGAACUUUUGUUUUCAAAUGGUCUGCUUUCAUAUGUAUAUUGUGUCUUUGUGUGUCAUCAAAGUCUCAGAUGAUCCUCAUUUGAAUGUCAUACAAUCCCACAGCCAAACGGGACAUUUCCCUUCUGAGAUUUAGAGUAUAAAGUUCCAACAGUUUAAUAUGAUACCUUUAAGGCACAUGCAAAAGAAUCUCCAUCAUCGCACACGUAAACACAAAGAAGAAAAACGCAGAUGGAAUCGCACUCGCACGCAAACCACAGAUAUAUAAAGACCUGCCAAAGCAGAUCGUCAGUCCAGUCCGGAAACCAGCUGAUAGAAGCUCAAGAAGACGCACUGCUGAAAAUCAUGUCCCUGAACUCCUCGUCCCCAUUUAACGCCUCUCACCUUCACCCGCACGUCUCCUCCUCCAAUUCCUCCCUCGUCCCGAACAUGGAAGUCUGCUUCAACUACAGAUCCGGCUUCCUCAUCUUCAUUGCCUUCUGCUUCACCGACGUCCUCCUCCUCCUCCCUCUCUGCCUCCUGGUCUUCUACCUGGGCGUCCAAAGAUGGCGGCGACAGGGCUCCAAGGCGGCCAGCCACUGUGAUGUCUUCACCUACCACUUGGUCGCCACGGAGAUGAUCUGCGUCUUCGGGUGCGCCCUCUACUGCUGCGGCGCCUUGGCCGACGCAACGUUGUUGGUGAGGAUCGGCGCGUACGUCAUCUCAGUCGCCACCAACGGGCAGGUUCCCUUCCACAUCCUCACCUGCGUGGAGCGCCGACUGGCCGUCGUUUAUCCGAUCACCUACCUGCGGCUGAGGGAGAGGGGCGGGGUCAGGAUCAGGAAUGUUGCCGUCGGAUGCGUUUGGCUGUUUUUUCUCGGGUUGUUUGGCCUAAACAUGUUUAUGAGCUCCGCCUUUUUCAUUUGUCUCUCGGUGUCCUCCGUAGUCGUCAUCUCUUUCUGCAGCCUCUCUGUUCUCCGCGCCCUGAUUCGUCCGGGGCCGGGGGACGGGGCCGGCGGCCGGGAGAGGGUGGACCAGUCCAAGUUGAGGGCCUUUUACAUCAUCACGGCCAUAUUGGGAACUCAUUUGUUCCGGUUCGGGGGAUACCUGCUCGUCCUGUCAGCCUACAACUCCCUGACGUGGAGCGAGCAGGUCCGCUGUGACUUGUUGCUGGCGGGAGUGUGGUUCGGUUUGCCCGGCAGUCUGGUGUUACCUCUGCUCUAUCUGCACCGGGCAGGGAAACUGCUUUGUUGUAAGAACGGAAAUGGAUCAGAACAGGGAUCAGAGUAGCACGUCCUCAGUUUGCAUACCAGACCUGUCUUCUCUUCCCCAAAGUCCUGGUCCUCGUGAGCCUCCCGUCCCUCCGGGGGAAUGUUCCUCACAGUAGCUUUUGAAGUGAAUGUUUCAUCCCAUUGCAUAGAUGCCAUUGUGUUGUUUCUCUCUCUCCAGAAAAUGACUCCAACAACCCAGCCGUACUAACUAAAUAGUCACUGUGAUCAAAUAUAGAAAAUUCAAAUCUACUAGCAGAAGACUGUACUAGUCUACAGCCUGUUUGGAUCCCCAAAUAACAAGGGACGCACACUUACAUGACAGCUCUUUUUAACAUCCACACAAACACAUUCACCAAAAACAGAAAUAUUUACAGUAAAGUAACACACAAUGUGCAUCUGGUUUUAAUGCGUCAUAUUUAUCUCGCUGGUCGCUGAUCUGUCUCCAAAAUGCAAAAAACUCCAGCUUGUGAAGUGAUCUAAUUUUAAAGCAUUUAACAUCUCGAGACACAAAACCUUUCAGUUUAUAUAUUGUAUGUCUGACAUAUUAUGGCAAUAAAUGUUUCUUGAUAAAAAACUUUGAUUUAAGAAACUUAUAACAAACCUGAUUAGAUCUUUUAUGUACACUAAUUGAUUCCUUCCUUGUGUAACAUGUGUUUUUAAAUGACUAAAUAAAUUGAAGCAAUAACGACUCUGA